AGGUCACGUGACAACUGUGACACUGUCUGUGAAAGAUGACAGUGAAAUAGUCAGAGAUAAACAUGGGACAGUUUAUAUUAUCGUUAUUUUUAUUCGUUUCUUCGCUACGUUGUAGCCAGGCAGCUUUAAGUAGAGAGGUUUAUGAAUAUAAUGACUGCAAAGCUUUACAUCAGCAACGUGUGGGGGUAGAGGAUGGCAGGAUACCAGAUAGUGCUCUCACGGCCAGCUCUUUUAACACAAAACGCCAGCCCCAAGAUGCCAGAGUGGGACGCUCAGCAGGUGCUUGGUCACCGUCCAUCCAGAAUGCGUACCAGUGGCUACAAGUAGACCUGGCCAAACAGUACAUCGUCACAGCUGUCUAUGUACAGGGUCGACAGGGCAGCGAUGAAUAUGUGAGGGAGUUUUUCUUACAGUACUCUGACGAUGCCUCGACAUGGAGGAUUUACACAAACCAGUUGGGGAUCCCUGAGAUCUUUGAAGGCAACAAUGAUGACAGUUCCUUGCAGAUGCGAGUUUUGACCUACCCCAUUGUGGCUCGUUAUGUUCGUUUUAACCCGCAGAGAUGGAACAUGGUCAUUUCCUUGCGAGUUGAAAUAGUUGGAUGUGUUUUUGAGGCAGACACAGCGUCCUUUGAUGGAGAAAGCUACAUUGAGUACGAUAUGAGCCGGCAAGCUGUGCAGACCUCACAGGAUCUGAUGGAGAUGAGGUUCAGAACCACCCGUGCUGAUGGUGUCCUGAUGUACGCCAGUGGCAACCAGGGUGAUCUCUUCAUGUUGGAACUUUCCAGAGGCAUCUUGUACUUUAAGAUUGAUUUGGGCUCAACUGCUGAGAACGCUGGCAUGACAGUGGUCAAGGCUGGCAGUUUGUUGGAUGACAACCAGUGGCACGACAUUGUCAUCACCAGGGACAAGAAGACCGUAAAGAUUGUAGUGGACAGGCUCAUCAACCAGGUGGACACAACUGGGCUGUUCUACAGGCUAGAUAUUGACAAAUAUAUGUACAUUGGUGGUGUCCCCUUCUUCAACCAAGAUGGCAUCUCAGUCAAGUACAACUUUGUGGGAUGUGUACAGAAUGUCAUCCUCAAUGGUGCUAAACUGAUCAGAGACGCCAUGAGUGGUACUAUAUCAACCAUCUCUACAAAAAACAAUGUCAACCCUUACUGUAAUGUUGCUGCCAAAGUUCCAAUAACCUUCCCUUCACUGGCAUCUCAUUUGUUUGUCACUGCCUUAUCUGGCCGGGUCAUCCACGUGUCUCUUGAUUUUAGAACUCACGACGAAGAUGGGCUGCUGGUCUAUCAUCCAAUGAAUGCUGAUAGCUAUUUAACUAUCAUGCUGGAUCAAGAUGGCUACAUCAAGUACUCUCUUAAAACAGCUGAUGGAGUUUUGGUGGAGGACAUUGUCAGAAACACCGAUGUCAGUGCCCCUGAUAGCUCCUUCACUGAUGGCCUCUGGCACUCUUUAUAUAUGUACAUUGACAACGAAAAGAUCAACUGCACUGUAGACAGAAACUCUAAAGUUUCUUUGAGGAAAUUAAGUGUUCAAGCUUUAACUGACUUCUACAUAGGUGGGCAUGAACUGUUUAAUGGUUUCCGUGGUUGCAUGAGGGACAUCCAGAUAGCUCAGAAAGCUGUGAGUUUGGACACCUUGACACAGAACGCUGCUUCAAGUAUAUACGGGGCUGAGAUUGGCACCUGUGCUAUCAGAGACAGGUGCACCCCUAACCCAUGUGAGCACAACGGGACAUGUAAACAAACCUGGAGCACCUUCACCUGUGAAUGUGGUGACACAGGGUACUUUGGGGAACUUUGUCAUGCCUCUUCUUAUCAUGUGUCUUGUGAAAUGCACAAGUUUUACUCAAAUAUUGAGGGCAAAGAGGUCGCCAUGCUGGAUCUCGAUGGUGCAGGACCUUUAAAACCUUUUCAAGCAUCAUGUGAAAGAGAUGAUACGGGUACGAUUAUCACCUACCUGGCCCAUGACAGUAUGGGGGCCAUACGUGUAAAUGGAUUCCAAGAUCCUGGCUCAUAUGUUCGUAAGAUUAAAUACAAUACUGCUGAAAUACGUGAGCUGGAAGAACUGAUUGACAGGUCUGUCUCAUGCAGACAAAAUGUGCUUUACCGUUGCAAGAAUUCUCGUUUCCUUUCCAGUCCAGGGGUUAUGCCUGACCCAAGUAUCAGAACUUGGGGUUGGUGGGUUGGGAGAACAUUCCAACCCAUGUACUACUGGGGUGGUGCAGCCCCAGGCUCCGGCAAGUGUAAGUGUGGUCUGGACGAAGAGGGCUGUGGGGGUCAGAGCUCCACCUGCUACUGCGACAUCCUCAUGGGGCAAACAGUGAAUGAUGUAAAAGUGGACCAGGGUUACCUCCAACACAAAGAGUAUCUGCCUGUGUUGGAGCUCAGGUUUGGGGACACAGGUUCUACAACUGAUGACAAGUGGGCAGAGCAUGAGAUAGGAGAACUGGAAUGUUUUGGUGACAAUCUGUUUGAUAACACUGUGACCUUCACCCAGAAAGAUGGUGCCUUAGAGUUCCCUACCUUUGAAGCCCAGACAGCUGGGGAUGUUUGGAUGCAGUUUAAAACAACAGCUGAGGAUGGUGUUUUGAUACAUUGCACUGGUUCAGAAGUUGCAGACUUUAUUGAAAUCAGGCUUUUCCAGUCCAACACGAUACAGUUCCGUUAUGACGUGGGUAACGGGGUGUCAGUCCUCGCCUUUAAAAGCCCUUCCCCGCUGAAUGACGACACAUGGCACACCAUCCAUGUUGAAAAGAACCGCAAGCAGGCCUGGAUGAAAGUUGAUGAUUACCCAGCUACUGCCCUGAAUGAGGACGCUGACCUCAUCAGACAGCUGGAUCUCACCAGCCCUCUUUACGUUGGGUCCCUGGUUGGCUACCAAGAUGGCUAUGUGGGUUGUAUGAGAGGACUGAGAGUAAAUGGCCGCCUCAUGGACAUGCUGGGUAAACUCAGGAACGGAGACGUGUAUGGUGUUAGGGCAGGCUGUGUGGGUAAGUGUGCUAGCAGCCCUUGCUUUAAUGGAGGCACAUGUCGUGAAGGCUAUGACAGAUACCGCUGCGACUGCUCUUACACACCAUGGAGAGGCUGGAACUGUGGCAGGGAGGUUGGUGUCAACCUGAAGAACAACUACAUGGUGCGGUACACAUUCGAUGAGACCCAGGGUCUAUCUGCCUCUGACUUCCAGCGCGCCAUGAUUGGCUUCUCCACCAAAGUCAAACAGGGCAUCCUCAUGCAAAUGAGAAAUGAGGCCAACACUGAGUACAUCAGCGUGGAGAUGAACAACAACGGUGGUGUGAAGGUGGCCAUGGACGUAGGGUUUGAGAGAGUUGAAGUCAACACCCCCAUGCAGCUGGGUAUUGACUACGCUAACAGUCAGACUCAUGUUGUUGUUAUAGAGCGCUCUAACUACGGAAAGGAUAUUAAAGUCCAGGUUGACAACUACCCUGCAGCCUUCUACAGGUUUGGUGAUGCCUCCAGUAGCUCAGAUACCAUCCUGGACAACCCCAAGUAUCUGUUCAUUGGCAACAAUGAUACCACUAAUACUAAUCGUGGAUUUGAAGGAUGUAUAUACCGGAUGCAAGUGGAUAAUAUUUUCCCACUUAAAAGAGCUUUCCAAGAUCCAAAGCCUGUUUACAUGGCUUUAAUUCCUGAUGAUAAAGUAAAGGAGGAUAUGUGCAGCUUUGAGGAGAUCACUGUGUCACCAGAACCAAUCCAAACCCGGCCAUUUACUGGUGUUUUACAGAACGUCACAUACAGAAGAGCUACAGAGCCACCUCUCACUGAUGAGGAGAAAGCUUUAGUUGGAGUUGGCUGCACAUUGCUGGUUAUACUGCUAGUGUGUAUCAUUCUGUUCUGCUGCCGGUCAAGAUUUGAAGGUGCAGACUAUGAAACAGAGGAGGCCAAAGGAGCAGAAUUUGCUGAUAAUCCUGACAGUGCUGUUGUAUAUAAUCAAACUGGUUUGCCAAAUAUGCCCAAAAGUUAUGAAUACUUCAUGUAGAAUAGUGUGUAUGUUUUAGUGUGUUGAUUAUUAAACAAUGCAAGGAAAUUAAUGAAACAUUUUUUAAUUAGUUCAUAUCUUAACCAUUUUAUAUGUUCCAGGUAAGACUGUAUUCAUUCCUUGUGUAAAGUUUUUUAUUGUUAAAAAAGUGUACAUUCUAAGAUGGGUGAAAAUAAUGUAGAGCAAUAGAAAUUAAGCUAUCGUAUGAAUUCUUUUCAGUUUGAUUUUUUGAGAAAAAUUAUUUUUUUGCUAAAUGUGUAAAUAGUGUGUCUGAAAUGGGAUGAAUUUUAAAUUGGAAGAUUUUUUUACUGCUAGGUUUGUUACAAAAAACAUUACAUCAUCAGCUGUGUGGAUGGAAUUUUUUUUUAAUCUUUGUGGGAUAAAAGUAUGUGAGAGAUAUCAAUGAAUGGAUGCUCAAAUGUCUUUUAAUGACUGCCAUUAAAGUUAUGACUUAAGUCCAAAUAAUUUCAUAAAGAACAAGAUUAACGAAUAUUAAACUCAACAUUUAGCAGUUCAGUUGUGCUUCUCAUGUGUUGUCAACAUGUGUUUUUGAAUUUCAUCAGCACUUGUUAUUUAGACUAAUUUCAUUACCCUUAUGCAGCAGAACUCAUAAUAAUUAUAUUCGCCUGUGUUUUGACUUGUAACUAGUUGUAAAUAAGACAAAAAUAAAUCAUGUUCAUGUAUAGUGGGUCUUCAUAUCCACUCGCUAUGCAAUGUUUUGUCACUUGAUGUAUUUUUUGACUCAACACAUUCCCAGUUCAUUUAUAAAUAGAAUAAUGUACGUGACAUAAUCUUUACAUUGGAUCAAAUCAUUUCGUUUGGAGAUUUCAGUUUGUGACAUUUUAAACUGCUGGAAUCUACUCUGUGACUUCUUUCAUCUUAUGCUGUUGACUCAUGAUCUGAAAGAAAUAUUUUCCUUAGAUUGACUUUGUUUAUAAUUCCUCUAAAUAUUUUUGGCCUUAGGUUAGUUGUAAAGUUUUGUGUACUGUUUCUACUGAGAUACAUUACCUUUGACCUUAUUACAAAAUUAUUUUGAUAUUAAAAUAAUUGAAAUUAAAACUAA